AUGGCUUCGGGCGCCGGUAAGGCUGCCGCUCAGCCCCCCGGGCCGGGCUCCGCCGUCAACGGGACUGCGGCAGAGUUCGCCAACAUCGAGCAGGAGCUGUACGACUACCAGAUGCACAGCAAGAUGUGCAAGAAGAUCGCGCAGCUCACCAAGGUGAUUUAUUCUCUGAACAUGAAGAACGAGGAGCAGGAGGCGGCCCUGCAGGCCUUGAGCCAGGCCCACCACGAGGAGCUGCACCGCAUCCUGAUGGAGACGUGUCACGAGGGGGAGGGGUCGGGGCUGAGGACACGCCUGCUUGGACUGCAGGACUCUCUGGAUGAGCAGCAGAGAGCUGGAGCCCAGGUGCAGGCAGAUUUCGAGUGCUUCCGCAUCCAGGCCGAGGAGAGGGAGCGUGAGACGGAGGUGGAGCUGAGGAAAAAGUUUGAGGAACGGCUCCAGGCUGCGGAGGAAGAGCUCCAGGAGGCCAAGGCCAAGAUCGGUGCUGCCCAGGAGGAGAGUGUGAGGCUGAGCAAAGAGCUUCACAAGGCCGAGGAGCAUAUCCAGGAGCUGGAUGCCCAAUGCGAGGGGCUGCACAAGGCUGCUGACCAGGAAGAGAAAAGGAGAGAGGAGGAGAGACAAAGAGAGGAUGAACAGAGAAAGAAGGAGGAGGAGGUGAAGCAAACAGAGGACCGUGAGGACUUGGAGAGGGUGAAGGCGCUCCUGGAGGAGGUGAGGACGCUGAGGGAGGAGGGCGCUCGAGCGGAGGAGAGCAAGAGGCGUGUGGUGAAGGAGGAACAGGAGCGAUGCGAGCAAAAGAUGAACGAUCUCAACGAGGAGAAGGAGGACCUGAGGAAGAAGAUGGACGCUGAGUGGAGGGAGGAACGGCGGAGGUGGGAGGAGAGAGAGGAGGAGGAGAAGAAAGGCAUGCACAGUGCACUGAGAGAACGAGUGAAGAGGGCGGAGGCAGAGGCCGAGGGUCACCUGGAGAGGCUGUCCGAGAGCAAGAGGAGCACGGUGAAGCUGCAGGAGCGGAUCCAGGACCUCGAGGAGGAGCUGGAGCUGGAUCGGAAGCGCGUGUCCGAGGCGGAGGGCGUGGCUAAGCGGGCGGAUGAGGAGCUCGCGGUGGCCAAGGAGAGGCUCCUGCUGCAGGAGGACGAGCUGCAGAGCCGAGCAGAGGAGCUGCUGAACCGCGGACGCUGCCAGGUGUGUGUGUGCCUCGAGGUGGAGGAGCUGAGGAGUCAGGUGAACCGUCUGCAGAGCAGGAACAGAGAGCUGGAGCUGCACAGCAGCGGCAGGAACAGUGACCACGCCCGGCAGAUACGCCAGCACGCGGAGGCCCUGUCCAGUUUGCGUUCAGAGAUGGUGAGAGCCCAGACAGAGGAGCUGCGCCGCAUCCAAAAGCACGCGGACGACGAGAGGGACAAACUGCAGAAGGAGAUAGACAAAGAACGAGAGAACCUGCAGAAGGAGAGGGAGCGGGAGAAGGACCAGCUGGAGAAGGAUAGAAACCGGAUGCGCAGGGAGAGGGAGGAGGAGAAGGAAUGGCUGCACAAACAAGGGGAAGAUGUCAAAGAGCGUCUGCGUCAGGAGAAGGAGGAAGAGGUGGAGCGACAGCGCAAAGAACUGGAGGUGGAGAGGGUCCGCGUCCGUUCCCAGCUGGACAAGAGCAUAGAGCAGGUCGAGGCGGAGAAGGCCAAUGUGCAGCAGAGGCUGGAGGAGGAGAAAAGGAGGUUGGUGGAGAAGGCGGAGGAGGACAGGAGGAGGCUGAAGGAGCAGGUGCGGAAGGCGAUAGAGGAGGUGAUGAGGAGACACGCAGCCGAACUGCACAGCGUCCAGGAAGCUCUGAGCUCGGAGAAGAAGACGAAUCAAGAGGUGUGUGCACGUUCAGAAGAGGAGAGGAGACGCGCUGAAGAGCUCCGCAGCGGACUGGAGAAGGAACGAGAGGAGCUGAGGACAAAACUGAAAGAUUCUACCGAUGAGAUCGGUCGGCUGGAGGCUGGGAUCCAAAAGCAAGAGAAGAAGGAGAGAGUGGCGCCUGAAGCCGCCGCCUCAUGCGGACCACACUGCUCCCGUCAGGAGGAAGAGCUCCAACAGACUCGGAGUCGACUCGCCCGGGUUCAGGAGGAGGCUGAGAGGCAGCGGGACCGGCAGCAGAGGGAGGUCGCGUCCCUGAGGGCUGACAAACACCGGCUGGAGGAGAAAGUCCUAGAGCAGAGCCGACUGAACACGGAGAGGAGCCUCCUCGAUCCGGGCCAGCGGCACACCGAGGACCGGAUCAGGGCCGAGUGCGAGGACCGUCUCAGAGCGGAGUUCAGGAUCGAGAUGAACGCUGCUGUGGCCGAGAGCGAACAGAGGUGGAACAACCGGGAGCAGGAGCUGCAGACCCAGGUGACGGAGCUGCAGAGUCAGCUGACGGAGCUGGAGAAACAAAAGGCGGGCCAGGGAGACGAUUGCCACGGCCCCCCUGAGAUCGACAGGCUGAGGAAAGAGGUCCAGGACACCAAGGAGAUCAACAAGAAGCUGAGGGACCUGCUGCAGGAGCCGCAAGCCCAGUCGCUAACCGAGGAGAGGCAGAGUCACGCCGCGGCUCUGCAGACGCUGGAGAGACAGGCGAAGGAAGAUCUGCUGUCUGAGAGGAACCGACUACAGACAAUGCACCACCUGGAGCUAGAUAAGCAGCGUGCAGAGUUGACCCAGCAGCACACCGAGUGGAGCAGACAGAUGACCCAGAGGCACAUGCAGCAGAUAGAGGACCUCCAGGCUCAGCUACAGGCACACACACAGAUGAUGGCACUGCAACAGGAUUUGAAGCAGCAGAAUCAGUAUCAGGUGUUUGAGCGACAGCUGGACGAGAGUCGCUGCAGCGUGCUGGAGCUUCAGAGAGAGAAUGCAACGCUCAAGAAGCAAUUAAAGGAGAGAUCAGCACAGAAGAAUCCUGAAGUCAAGGAGAUAGAAGAGGAGACCCCAGAGUUGAGGAAGAAGAGAGACGCCCAGCUCGAGGAGGAAGCACAACGUCUGAAGGAGGAGGUGGAGAAGCUGCGGGUGGAGAUGGAGAAACUGGAGGAGUCGCAGAAACUCUGGGAGGAGCGGAAAGAGGAGGACGUGAAGGACGAGGAGCCGGACGAGGAGAAGACGAAGGAGCGGGACGAGGAGAAGAGGAGGGAGGAGGUGGAGGAGAUCCGGAGGGAGCACAAGAGGGAGAUGCAGAGCCUGGUGUCCGAGUACAGCAGCGCCCAGACGCACCUGCAGGCUCGAAUAGUGGCCUUGGAGAACGAAUUUAACUGCAGGCUGCGCGAGCGGGAGGAGCGCUGCAAGAGGAGGGAGCCGCGGUGCGACGACCUGCAGCUGGGGAGGCUCCAGGAGAGACUGACGGAGAGAGAGCAGCUCAUCAAACGACUGGUGGAGGAGAGGCAUCAGCUGCAGCUCCACCCUCCCACAGCCGGGGACAGCAGCACCCUCAGGCUCCGUGACAGCAAGUCCCGCCCCGGGAGCGUCACGCCAACCAUGAGGAGGAAACGUGUGGAGUCUCCGCCUCGCGUCACCAGCAUCCCCAGCGCCGGCCCCUACGACAGGAGCAUCCUCCUCCCGCAGUCCUCCUCCUCGUCUUCCUCCUCCUCCUCCGUCCAUCAGCACUCGUCCUCCACCCUCCCCCACCAGUCCACCUCCCACCCUCAGACCACCCCCCACUACUCCUCCUCCUCCCUACCGCACAAGCACACCUCCCUGUCCCUCGGCCAGCAGGCCUCCCCCUCCCUCCCCCGCUCCACCAGGUCCCGGACGUCCUGCAUCCCUCCGACCCCGGCGCCCACCGCCCCGCUCCCCGUCUGCCCGUCACCGCAGACGGGGAUCCGCUACGUGUCCCCCUCCUGCCAUGAGCCCCACGCACACCUGCAGGCCCAGUCAAUCAGGGGCCCGUACCUGGAGCCGAGGGGGACAGACGGGCUGAAGCAGGAGUGGUUCACCAAAUACUUCUCCUUUUGA